CCGCAACCUUAGAUACUUGAGGAAAAUUAUGAUUUUCUCUACUUCAAUCUUAAUGUUCAUUAGGCUUCUCCAAGGGGAUUCACCAUAAGACUAUUUUCCCUAUCGAACGUUCGAAAUGUUCCCAUAUGAAUCCAUCCAGUACUCGUCUUGGCUCAAUCAAUAUGUAACACAAAGAUACUUAUAAUACUCACGUGUUAGUGAUCAGGUCCUUUAGAUUUUCGAGUUUUUGUUGAUACAAAUUUUAUUUUAUGCUAUAAAAAGAGGGAUACUGGUAAAACACAACAGUGAAGAAUCUCAUCUGCAUCAAAACUUGGUGGUUCACAUUUGUUUUGGGGCUAAAUUUUGUCGUGGUUCAAUAAAGAUAGCAGCCCACUUACGUGGCAUAAAAUUGGAGUCUCGUUAUCCUCUACCAAAACGAGAGGUCCUCAGCCCAAAUUCCAAUCACUUCCCCUGCUACUCCAAUGUAUCAUUCUUCUAAUAACCAACAAAUCAUAACCCGACACGUAGACAUAAUCGCUGGAAUCCAAAGUUGUAUGAUGUUCUGCAAAACACCUGAUCAUUUCCAGCAAUAUUAUUUAUGUAUUUAGGAACAAUAGAAACCAUAAGAUUUUAAGUGAGUGAGUAAAUAUAUUGACGUUAGAAUUGUUGGAGAUGGCAAAGCCAGUGCAAAUUGAAGUGUGGAAUCCAAAUGGAAAAUAUAGAGUUGUUAGCACAAAAUCUAUGCCUGGGACUAGAUGGAUUAAUCUUCUCAUUCAACAAGAUUGUCGUCUUGAAAUAUGCACUGAGAAGAAAACCAUUUUAUCAGUUGAUGACAUUCUUGCUCUUAUUGGAGAUAGGUGUGAUGGAGUCAUUGGCCAGUUGACAGAGGACUGGGGAGAGACGCUGUUCUCUGCAUUAAGCAGGGCUGGAGGGAAAGCCUUUAGUAACAUGGCUGUAGGAUACAACAACGUUGAUGUCGAAGCUGCUAACAAGUAUGGUGUUGCUGUUGGAAACACACCUGGAGUACUGACAGAGACUACAGCAGAGUUAGCGGCUUCACUUUCUUUAGCAGCAGCGAGAAGAAUUGUGGAGGCAGAUGAGUUCAUGAGAGCUGGCAAAUAUGAAGGAUGGCUUCCACAUUUGUUUGUGGGGAACUUGCUUAAAGGACAAACUGUUGGUGUAAUCGGGGCUGGCCGUAUUGGAUCGGCUUAUGCCAGAAUGAUGGUUGAAGGCUUCAAAAUGAAUUUGAUAUACUAUGAUCUGUAUCAAUCUACCCGUCUAGAAAAAUUUGUGACAGCUUAUGGCCAGUUUCUGAAAGCCAAUGGUGAACAACCUGUGACAUGGAAAAGAGCUUCAUCCAUGGAAGAGGUCCUCCAAGAGGCUGAUGUGAUAAGUCUACAUCCAGUCCUUGAUAAAACAACUUACCACCUUGUGAACAAAGAACGGCUAGCAAUGAUGAAGAAGGAAGCAAUACUUGUGAACUGUAGUAGGGGGCCUGUGAUUGAUGAAGUAGCUCUUGUUGAGCAUCUGAGGGAAAAUCCCAUGUUCCGUGUUGGCCUUGAUGUCUUUGAGGAUGAGCCCUACAUGAAACCUGGUCUUGCUGACAUGAAGAACGCUGUUGUGGUACCCCACAUAGCUUCUGCUUCUAAGUGGACUCGUGAGGGAAUGGCUACACUGGCUGCUCUGAAUGUCCUGGGAAAAAUUAAAGGCUACCCAAUUUGGAGUAAUCCAAACAGCGUGGAGGCAUUCUUAGAUGAGAAUUCACCGGCCCCUGCUGCAUGCCCGAGCAUUGUGAAUUCAAAAGCUUUAGGCUUACCUGUGUCAAAGCUGUGAACUUGGAACGUUUAUAUGCCAGAUUGUUGGAAAUGUAAGAAUUGAAGAUGUCUAUUUCAAGCUUGAAAAGGAUCUGAUAAUGCUUGGAAAAUUUGAUGUAUCAUGUAUCACUCAUUUGUCUAUAUCGUUUAAGGAAGCUUACCAUUAAACUCCA